AUGGAAGACGAACGAGUCAAAAAUGUAGCUAAAUGGGUAUUAAAUUAUACUCGUGGUGAAAACGAAGUACCACAUACUCGUUCAUAUGAAAUUUACAGUAAAUUACUCUUUCGUAUAGCCGCUGCCGAUGGUGAACUUGCACCUUCUGAACGUGAAUGGAUUAUUGGUCAACGAGCUGCAUUAGGUGCAUCUGAUGAACUUCUCGAAAUGCUUGAAACAUAUGAACCGUCAGAUGAUGAUUGGGGAGCUUUAUUAGAAUUUCAACGUUCAUUUAUUGAAUCAGUUAAACAUUUUCUUAUCUAUGAUGCAUUUCAAGCAGCAUCAGCAGAUUCCGAAUUACAUGAAGAUGAACGAAAAGCUAUUUCCCAACUUGGAAAAGAACUUGGUAUAGAAGAAUCAACUAUAGAAAAAAUUGCUCAAUUACAUCGUGAUGAAGAAGAAAUUAAAAAACGACGUAUUGCAUUAUUAGCACCUCAUAAAAUUAAUAAACGAACUCCUUCAGUUACCGAAGAAGAAUUUUAA